AUGCCGCCUUCCUUCACCUCAAGGCCUCGGUCUGGCGAAUCCGCACGACCGACAAGCAGAGACUCCGAAAACCUCGUGAUUCCCAAUCGGACCUCAUCGCUGCACUCCCGGAUCGUGCAGCCAAUGCCGAACACGAUGCCUCAGCAGAAGACCGCGCAACGUGCGCCCAAAACCUUGACGCAUGCUUACAUGGUGUGCGGUGUUGGCAGAGAGCCUUCGCAGUGGGUGAAGGCCCCUGUUCCUCCACAAGGGAAGAUUGGGCACAUGAAGGGCGCAGUUGGGCAGUUCUGGUUACCGGAGAUCCUGGGAAGCAGUCCGAGGCUGGAGCAAGACAACGAGAUUGCAAGGUCGCUUCACUCUGCGAUGAGGGCCUGCUUUCCACAUGAUGUUGAGAUCUGCACUGGAGCGAGCCAGCCACAUUGCGUUCACCAUGCCUUCAUACUCCAACAGGACUCCUCCCACACGCUCUACGGCAUUGCUCUACGCGUGUGGUCGCGUGCCGAUGAGAAGCGUGCAGAGACGAUCCGAGAACUACGGAAGCGAACGGAGCCAGACUACUACGAUGCGCCUGGCGAGACGUACUGGAUCCCAUACUGCCUGAGCUUUCUUUCGAGAUAUCCGCUCUACAAUCUGCUCGGCGAUUACCUUCGCGGUAUGUGGAUUCAUUGGAACAAGGCGACCAACCUCUUCCACGCAGAGGAGGUCUCGCGGAUCUUAAGCUUCCCAGCCCCUCGCCUCAACGAUCUUGUCCGGAUCGACAUGAAGGACUACGCAUUGUGCUACCAGUUCCCUUCGACGCCCAACGGCUUCCAGAACUUCGCCAUGUGGCCACUCUUCUGCUGUCUCGCAAUACCAAACAUCGUCGGUGUGCUCGAAGCAGCCAUCUCCCCAACGCGUCGCAUCAUUUUCAUCUCGCACUACCCAGCGAUGCUCACAGUCGCCGCUGAGACCAUCCGCUUCAUGGUACGCGUCUACGAGUGGAGUGGCCUCUACGUUCCGGUGGUGCACGCACGACAUGCCAAGGAGCUUGUGCAGGAACCCGGUCCAUACAUUCUGGGUGUUACUGCAGAGUGUCGCACACUGUUUACUGCACCAUCGGAUGCCCUGGUCGUUGACCUUGACCGCAACUUUGUGCUGACCUCCAGCCCGCCAUCGGUCUGGAGCGCGAAGCAGCGGUCGAAGCUGAUCAACCGUCUUACCGAGUCUCUGAGCGGCGAAGUUGCGCCAUCCGGCGUGCCACAACAUUUGCGAUCUGCAUAUGGCGGUGGCAAGCUCAUCCCGGCUGGCCAAAUCAUUGUCAUGCGUGGCGAGGUCGAGAGCGUGCAGGAUCCAGGUUGGUGGAAUCAGGACAGCGUCAUGAAGGUCAUGGACCACGCAUGUGAGAAGUUGGGAAAAAACACGGGCGUCAAAGCCGUUUUUGGGGGCGCUCAGAAAAAGCCGCUCAUGACCAAGGUGUCUAUGCGCCAUCUCAACGAGAUUGUACGCGAGCGCAAUCAAUAUUCGCGAGAUGCAAUGGAAGCUUGGCAGGACUUUAUCAACCUCAAGGGCAGGAUGGACACGGAGCUUACGAAGGUUACGAAGCGCAACAAUUUCUUGGUGGAGGAGCUCGAAAGCUGGAAGCAGCAGUUCCUCAAGUUCCAGGCGUUUGCUGAGCAGCUUACCAAGGAGACCAACGAGCUCAAGAUCAAGAUCGAAGGACAUAAGAGGGAGAACCGUCGCCUCAGUGCGCUCAUUGAUCAGCAGAAGGACGACACUGCCAGGCUCACCGUGCGGCUGUCUGGAACUGAGAAGCAACGGGACGAUGCGUUGGAAGCACUUGUGCUACAGCAAGAGAUUGCGGAGGAGCUUGAACGGGAGCGAAAGAGGAACAAGAAAGACCUUUCAGCACUUCAGCACACCAACACAACCUUGCUACGCCAGCGCGAUGAGGCUCAGCGUGUGGUCCUCCACCUGCGUGCCCUGAUCGAUGGCCAAGCGCACCACAUGGAGCAUAUCGUCAAGUCUCUGAACGACACUUCAGAGCCCGGAAUGUUCACAGACGCUGAAGAGGGCGAGAUGGUUGAGUCACCGAGAGACAAAGAUCAGCACGAAGGUGUCGCGGUCAAGCAGGCUGGUGGGAGGGACUCAAUGCCGUCGUCGAGGUCAAGCACAAGAAUGUCGAGUCGUGCGGACGGUGAGGAAGCCUCUCAAGCAGCGGAGUCUCGAUACUCCAACCACGCUGCCCGCAAACGCUUGUCGGAAUUCAGCAUGACUGAUGUCGCAGAUCGCCAUCUCCGCGACAAGACGGACGCCAUCGCCUACAUCAUCCGGAACAUCUCCGAGCAAUGCGCGGCAGCAGUAGAGGGACUGGACCUCGCUCGACGUGCGGACACCUCUAGCACGAUGAGUGGAGACGACGAUCGAUCAGAGUCCGGAAAGAAGAGAGGCAAGCGGGCGAUGAAGACAAUGUCACGAGAAUAUGCCGAUGGCGAGUACCACGACACCCAGACCAACGGCUCGGAGUCAGAGUUUGGAGAUGCCAGCGACACCUCUGGCUACCUACGUCCUAAGCGGUCGUCGUCCCAUGUGCCGCCCACGCCGGAUCUCGUGCACGACCGGAGCUCGACCAGCAUGAGUCUUGGCAGUGAGAGCACCGCUGCCACACCUCAGAGACAGAGCAUCAACAGCCAGUACAAGACCCAACAGGAGGACAUUCCCGAGGUGCCGACACGCAUCCUCGACCAAGAUGAAGAGGCGGACAUGGAGGUCUCCGAGCCGGUCACGAAGUAUAGCGCACACCGCGUCUCCAGCAGCCACCAGCAGGCCGCACGGUGA